CUAGUCCUGGAUUAAUCUAAACCCUGUCUGGAAAACAGCCCUUUAGUUUCAACCUGCAGUAAUGAAAGAAGACAAAGCUUAGUGGGUUUUGCCCCAGUGUGUCAAAAUCUUGUAUAUCCUAUGUUUCAACAGCUCUUUUGUUGCACUUGUGUUGUUGAACUUGUGAAACCUCUUUUCGCCAUUAUGUGCCCUCAUGUUGUGAUUUCCUUCUGUUGAACACAAAAGGACAUAAACCAAGUAUGAACAAAUCAAACCAUUUGAAAGCAAUAGGUCUUAUUGCAGAUAACAAAUUAUAGUGGGUAUAUUUUCAUCAGGAUCAUUAGCUGCUUUUUUACCACACUCAUAAAUGACUAUUGUUAGACCCCUGACCAGAAUAAUACAGAAGCUGAUGGGCUCUUAGUCAAUUUUCACUUUCAUUUUUAUAUACUUUCAUUAUUAUAUACUUUCAAUAUUAUAUUCUUUUAAUAUUAUAUGCUUUCAUUUUUAUAUGCUUUCAUUAUUAUAUUACAUUAUUAUGAAAAAAAAUGAAAGUGAAGUGGUUUGUAAACAAUGAAAUGAGAAAUGUUAUGUUGGGUGAACUAUUCCUUCAAGUCAAGCUGUAUUAGGCAGCCUUGUAUUGUCAUACAGAGAAGUAUCAGUGUUUUUAUUUAUUUAUUUUAAUGCUUUUUAUUUUAUUGUGACUGGUGCACGUUCUUUGCACCAAUUCAAGCUAACUGGAAAUGAAACAAGUGUAUGUGAACUUCGGUUAACUUGCAAUUGUUUGCAACCACAGCUUCUUUUUUACAGAUUUUCCACACCGCGGGUUUUUGUUAGUGACGUAAUAACGGAUGUGAAGCUUCUUCAGGCUGUGUGAAAAACACAGGUGAUACUUUAAACAGCAGAAACCUCUGGGUGUUCAGACCUCAAACUAGACCAGACAGACCAGGAUGACGGACAUGAAGAACCCAUUGGCAGGACCAAUCUACCCUCCACCUCCUUACCCUACUGGCCCUGUCACGUCAGACAUAGAGACCCACAAUCCUGCACCAGAAAAUAACCCAUUGGCCGGACCAGUUUACCCCCAAUCUUCAUACAUGCCCCCUCCUUACCCUACAGCCCCUGUCAUGGGGGACAAAGAAAACCACAAUGCUGCAACAGAAAAUGGCCCAUUGGGCGGACCAAUCUUCCCACCUACAUCAUACAUGCCCCCUCCGUACCCUACAGGCCCUGUCAUGUAUAACCAACCCGUUCCUCCACAAGGCGGCUUUAUUGCACCCAACCUGCCACCAGAGGAGGCUGGCUUCAGAAAAGAAGACCCAAAUGUACCUUUGGUCGCAACAGAUGAAUCUAAUCCAAAUCAAGAUAAUGAACUCCUAGUGUCAGAAUUUGAGGAUGACACUAUUCGGAAAGCAUUUAUCAGGAAGGUGUUCAGCGUGGUAACACUUCAGUUGCUAGUCACCUUUACUAUAGUGUGUAUAUUCACCUUCUCAACCACAGUCAAGGUGGCGGUUCAGGGCAGCAUCUGGUUGUACCUAAGUUCAUACAUCAUCUUUCUUGUGGUGGCCUUGUGUCUUGCCAUAUUCUCCACGUGUAGUCGCUCGCAUCCCUGGAACCUGAUGGCACUGUCAGUGGUGACCCUGAGUCUGUCUUACAUGGUCGGGACUGUGGCUUCAUAUCACAACACAACAUCAGUGGUCAUUGCUUUAGGAUCAACAGUGAUCAUCUCAUUCACCAUCAUCAUGUUCUCUGCCCAGACUCGUCUGGACUUCUCCGUGUGUAAUGGCAUUCUGCUCAUACUCGCUGUGGACUUACUCAUGUUUGGAUUCUUCAGCAUCUUCUUUUACUCCAGGGUUUUGCAAAUUCUCUAUGGGUGUCUGGGAGCUCUUCUGUACGCAAUGUUCUUGGCGGUGGACUGUCAGCUGGUGAUGGGCAGGCAAAAAUACAACCUGAGCCCUGAAGAGUACGUCUUCGCUGCUUUAGUUAUCUAUCUGGAUAUCAUCAUGAUUUUCCUCUACAUACUUAUGAUUCUUGGCGGAGGCUCAAAGAACUAAACUUGUAUACAGGUCCAUGUACAGUACAUAUACCUGCGCAGGCAUAUUUGACACAUCAGCAUUUAUACACACAUAAACACACAGCAACAGCACUCCUAAUUCUGCACAUGCAUACAAUAUUCAUCUCAUUUAUAAAAUACAUGAAACCUUUUAAGAUCAUUCAAAAUGCUGAGGCUGGACUGGUGUAGAUUCAUCUCAAGUACUUUCACGUCACACCUUUCACGCUUAAAACACUUGUGAUGGCAUACAAACAAGACAGCCGGAUGGACAAGUAGAGACUCAACCACUCCUACUGACCACCAGGUCAAAGCUUCACACAGCCUCAUAUCAAAGUCCGUCUCCUCAUCCCUUGAAUGGGAGAACAGCAGAAUCCAAAUUGAAGAUUCUUUAACAAUUUUAUUUUGUUGUUUGUUUUCGAUUAGGUGUAGCUGUAUUUGUAUCAGGAGUAAUUAUUAUUAAACAUUUCUCUGUAUAUGUGAACCAGAAGCAUUUGUUUUUCUAACAGAUAAUAAUGAUGCUACUACAUUUUUUCUCUUUGUUGAUCACAACAGUAUUAACAAUAUGUUUUGUAUGCUAAAUGUCUAAAAUGUGAAUUUUUUUGAUUGUGAAAUCCGCCAAAUCUUGUACUAUACUCUGUGAUAACAUGACUGCUCUUUAUUUAUGCUUGAAUUCAAUCCAUAAAUCCUGUUUGUACUUGACAUCAGCGUGUUAUAUUAGUUGGAGAUGUGUAACCUAAAAAUGAGAUUAAUAAAUUGUUUUAAAAAAACUAAAAAGCGCAGCACAUAGAUACAAUGCAACGCAUAUACAUAUAAUGUAACAGAAAUGUCAAAUUUUUUCUGUUAAUUAGUUUAAGUUGCAAUAAGUAAUUUCGCAUAUCUAUUCUGUCUCUGUUUAAAACAAAGUUACAAGUUACUGAAUUAAAAAACAACUACUGUGAAAUCCAUAGCAAAAGCUUAUCAUUUUAAUUGUACCACUGUGAAUCAAGGCAAGAUAAGGUGACCGUUUUUAAUAUUGAUUGUUUAUGUUCAUGCUCUGUAACUCAUUUUUGUUUUAUUUUUAACCAGUAAUGAAUCGCAGCUUUAAUAAAAUGCA